AUGGAUAAAGCGGUACUAACCCGUGCUACAAGUAAAGAUGAUACACCAACACCCGGUUACCUGUAUGGAGAGAUUGCUCGGAUGACACAGCAUAGCUAUGAAACGUGUAACAAAGUACAAGAUUUUUUGAUCUCACGCGUUAAGAACAAGCAUCAUACCGUCAAAUAUAAGGCAUUGCAGGUCAUUAAGCACGUGUGUCGUGAAGGUCGCGUGGAUUUUAAGCGCGAGAUGCAGAAACAUAUUCCGACGGUGAAGGAGUGUUUGCAAUUUCGAGGUGUACCGGACCCACUUAAGGGUGAUGAGUAUUAUCGACGUGUGCGUGAGUCAGCUAAGGAAUGUCUUGAUGCUAUUUAUGAUACGGACAAUGCACCUGGACUCAGUGGUAUGGGUAUGUCAGCUCGUAUUCAAGGCGUUGGGGCUAAUCCUAGCGAUAAUAAUAGCGGCAGCUCCGGCUGGAGCUCCAAGAUCUGGGGUGGCAAGAACUCGAAUGAUAACGCGUUGCCACCCCCGCCGAUGGCAGGUGUACCUAUGGGUGGAUACAAUGGAAAUGCACCACCACAUCCGGGAGCUCCAUACGGAUACCCGACUGACUCGAAUCAGGGCAGCUACGGCGGUCCGCAGUCGUAUGGUCAGCAGCAGCCGUAUCAACCUGAGUAUCCACAGCAAGGAUAUGGAGGCCCUGGUGGCGCUACCAGCCUGCCGUUUGGAGGCGCACCACCCCUGAACCAAUAUGGAGGUGCUGCGCUACCUUCGUUCCAUGACCAGAAGCUCUCUGGCAUCGGAAACCCGAUGUAUCAGGAUCCACGAGCUGACGAGAAGGGAUUUUUCAAGGGACUAAAAGAGAAGGUGGCGUCAAAGUAUUCGAAGUCAGACAAACCGACAUUCGGCGGAGGCCCACCUGGUUCCUCUAAUCCUCCCGAUGGGUGGAGUUUUGCCUCGAAUCGUGGGCCAACUAGCGGGCCAUACGGCUCAUCGCCUGCACCAUAUAACCCAGAGGAAUCGUACCGCCCCGCUGGUUUUACUGGAGGAGGAUAUCGUCCUGGUUCGUAUGGCCAGGACCCUCGCGAAUCUGCUAGCUCGCAGCUUCGUGAAAAAUCUUACGAUGGCGACCGAAAGAAGGGUCGUGUUGGAGGCGCAUGGACUGAUGCUGACGUACCGUCGUCGUCUCUCAGCGGCAAUACCGGAAUGACGCAACAUAGUGGCCACGAUAGCCGACCGCAGAAUUUUGGUGGCAAUGCGCGUGACACCCGGUCGUAUGCGCGGAACUCAGAUUAUGAUUACGAUGAGAGCAAACGCCGCGAAUCUUCUCAGGGACCAAGAUCUUUCCCACAGCCUUCUGUUUUGACAGGCCAGACUUCUGGUGCGCAAUCAGAUGGUUCUUAUGAGCGAAACCUGGUUACGGCUUUGUGCGCCCCUGGAGGUAUGCGUGCUAUCCCUCCUAAGGAUAAGAUGGAUGCGUUUUUGAAGAGUGCGACUACACUGGACGCCGAAAUUGUUGGCCCAAUAUUGGAGGACUGCCUGUUAGACGAUCAGUGGACGGUUGUGUCUAAGGCGCUUGCAACGAUUGACGCGUUGCUGAAGACCGAUGGCUGCGAGGAGUUUGAAGAAUACUUUGCUGAAAAUUCGAGCGAGAUCGAGUCCUGUGCAAAAUCAGAGAAAAUCGCUAUCCGGGACCGCGCCGUUAAGAUCCUGCAUAAUCUUGGUAUCUCUGCUGAAUCAGGGGCUUUGACGUCUCGCCAAGAUUCAUCUAAGCCAAAGAGCAAGCCAUCUAGUCAGAGGAAACAGCCUGUUGCUGCAGAGGCUGAUCUGCUAGGAGGUUUCGAUGACGAUGCUCCUGCUGCGGUUGAGAACGAGUCGUUGUUUUCUGGAUUGCAAACGAAUGCUCCUCCUCAACAGUCAGCACAGGAGCCGGUGCAGCCCGUUUCGACAGCGAGUGAUGUGACGGAUAUGUUUGGUGGCUUGCAGCUUCAGAGUAGUACUGCAAGCUCGACGCCCGCACCUGAACCAUCUCAUCCGACUGCACCUGCUCAGAUCUCCGCCACUGCAGUCCCAGUUCCUUCACCAUCGACAAACCAAAGUAUGGUGCUUGACCCACUUCUUGAGCCUGUGCCUGCGGCGCCUACGAUGAAUCAAGGCUUUAGCGGCCCGAUGAACAUGAACAUGAUGAACUUCAACAUGCCUCAGCAAAUAACGCAAAUGCAGCAGAUGCAACAAAUGCAGUACAUGCAACAGAUGCAGCAAAUGCAGCAGAUGCAGUUUUUGCAGAUGCAACAAAUGCAAGGCAUGGGUGGCAAUCCAGGUUCUCAGGUGAUUGGAGCUGCAAUGACUCCAUUAGGCUACAUUGCCAAGACAAUCCAGGAACCGGCUGAUGGUCUUGCGUCCGACUCGGGUUUUGGUUUUAUGAAGAAGAAGGACGAUUCUUUUAACUUUGUGGAGGAUGCUAUGAAGAACAGCUGA